AUGAUGGAGUCGGCAUCGCUGCUGAGUCUCUCACCUGAACUCAUCUUCCAAAUCGUCGACCACACCAACUGUCCCUCCACAAUCUUUACCCUUGCUCUCACCUGCUCUGCUUUGCAUAGGCAGUGUCAACCCGCUCUGAAACAGCACCACGAUGCCUACAACAAGUACAGAAUUACCUCGGACCUAUCCCCUGAAACGGUACUUCAUCUACUGAGAGAUGGCCCCACGGCGGAAAUCGAGAGGUGGCAUGUUCGUGAGCUGGAGAUUUGGGGAAGUCGAGAAGGUUGGGAAGACUGGCGAUCAUGGGAUCCAAAGCUACCCGGCUCAUACGGACUUGCUGAAGAAGCUCCUUCGAGAUCAGCAUUGAGUGCACAAGAAUUACAGACAUGCACCCGAAAGAUGACCGACUGGUGGGAGCGCUCUGAAGACCAAAUCGACAUGCUUCAAAGAAAUCUGCAAGGAGGCCGUGAUAGCAUGCUGAAAAUGCUCCUCGUCGCCUCGUGCCCUCGGCUUCAUAGCAUCAGAUUUGCCAAGCGUCCGAACGACUGUCUCGCAGUUCUCUCCUGGAUUGCAAUGGCGAUCGAGUGGUGCAUACACGACAAAUGGCCACCAGGCUUCGAGUCGCUGCAAAAUAUGGCGGUUGGCGUUUCCGUAGGCGUAUUGCCCGACGAAGACGAUGGAAUGUUCAUAUGCUGUUCCGACAUCGAAAAGGUGUUACGCCUCCCCAAUCUCAAGAACCUGUACAUAUGCGAACCUAUCCCAGAACUAGAAUGGGCAAUGAUGGAAGAGGAAGGUAUAGAUGAAAUGGAGGACUUGGAUUUCGAGUUUGACUACCUGUACGACUUCCCCGUCCGCACAUCAAGUGUCAAGUGUCUUUUUAUCGACAGUCCCUGCGAUCUCCCUCCACAAUUCUACACGGCUAUUGUUAGGGCACCAAAAGACCUUGAAACCCUCGUUAUCAGGGAACGACGCUCGACUAUACCUCAUGAACAUCGGCUUGUCUCGCUCUUGGAUGACCUAUCACUCGAACAACCGCAGCUAAAGCAAUUCAUAGUUUACAACGGCACAGAAAUAGGUGGCGAAUAUACCUUUCCGCAUCUUCCUUGCAAGUUCAAGGCUUUUAGGGGCAUAACACAUUUCAGUAUAGCAGCUAGUGAAAUCGAACAUGAGUGCUACGAGAUCACGCCUCCGGUCAUCUUGCAAGCCGAAGAGUAUCGACAAACCUUUCCGCCUAGUAUGGAAGCAAUUUAUGUCUGGGGGUUCCCCGACCUCUACUACUGGGAGCUUCACCCAUGUGAAAACCUGGAUUUGCUUCUCGCGCGACUCAUCCAGUCAGGUGGUUACAAGAAUCUCAAAGUCAUCUACGUCGAUAACGUGGAAAGCGUGCAUAGGGCUGCGAUUGGAGGCCUUCCCAUCACAAAGGAACAGGAAGGGCGUGCUUUCCCGAAGACUCUCGCUGCCGGACGAGAAGCCGGUGUGCACGUCUGCACGCUCACGAACAGAGACGAUGGAGGUUAUUGGAAGAACUUCCCUGCCAGGCCUGAUUGGUUUGACCUCAAAACUGGUUCUUGCGGAGAAAGGCCGGCAGACUGGGGGCUGAACCUUUAUACGGGCGAAUGGGGCCCGGAUUGCAAGGGAUGCGGAGAGUGUAACAAAUGCCUGUCGGUGUAUCCUGCUGAGCGGUGGAAAAAGAUGAAGAAUGAUGUUGCGGCAUAA